AUGGAACUGGGCCCGGAGCCCCCGCACCGCCGGCGCCUGCUCUUCGCCUGCAGCCCCCCUCCCGCGCCACCCGCCGUCGUGAAGACGCUGUUCGGCGCGCCAGCCACCGGGGGGCUGUCCCCUGUCACCAACCUGACGGUCACCAUGGACCAGCUGCAGGGGCUAGGCAGUUGUAGUGAGUGUGAGCAGCCACUGGAGGUGAAGAGCAGUAGUCUGCAGAGAAUGGGCUCCUCCGAGUCCACGGAUUCCGGCUUCUGCCUGGAUUCUCCUGGACCCUUGGACAGUAAAGAAAACCUUGAAAAACCCAUGAGGAGAAUAAACUCCCUGCCUCAGAAGCUCCUGGGGUGCAGCCCAGCUCUGAAGAGGAGCCACUCUGACUCUCUGGACCACGAUGUCCUCCAGCUGCUGGACCAGGAUGAGAACAAGGAGAACGAAGCCUUUGAGUUUAAGAAGCCAAUAAGACCUGCAUCUCGUGGCUGCCUGCACUCUCAUGGACUUGAGGAGGGUAAAGAUCUCUUCACGCAGAGGCAGAACUCUGCCCCAGCUCGGAUGCUUUCCUCGCAUGAGAGAGAGAACAGCGAGCCAGGGAGCUUCCUUCCUCUUUUUAUGCCUCGCUCCCCUGUGACUGCCACUCUGUCUGACGAGGACGAUGGCUUCAUGGACCUCCUCGAUGGAGAGAAUUUUAAGAAUGAUGAGGAGACCCCAUCAUGCAUGGCAAGCCUCUGGACAGCCCCCCUUGUCAUGAAAAGAGUGACAAACCUGAGCAACCGAUGCACCCCGCGUGACUCCCCGUCCACGCGCAGCUCCGUGCGACCAGUGUUGAAGAGACAAGAACCAUUCCAGGAGGAGUCCGGGUCUGGGAAUACGAAGCGGAGGAAAAGCAUGGCGGUGACCAGCGUGGGAAAGGCAGCAACUCCGGAGACGUCCCCACAGGGUCUCCGGCAGUCGGCACCCCUGGCAUCUUCCCCAAAGAGGACCAUUGAGAACAUUUUGGACAAUGAUCCAAGGGACCUCAUAGGAGACUUCUCGAAGGGCUACCUCUUCCACACGGUCGCUGGGAAGCAUCAGGAUUUAAAAUACAUCUCUCCAGAAAUUAUGGCAUCUGUUUUGAAUGGCAAGUUCACCAACCUGAUUAAAGAAUGUCUUAUCAUUGACUGCCGAUACCCAUAUGAAUAUGAGGGAGGCCACAUAAAGGGUGCCGUGAACUUGCACAUGGAAGAAGAGGUUGAAGACUUCUUACUAAAGAAGCCCAUUGUCCCGACGGAUGACAAGCGUAUCAUUGUCGUGUUCCACUGUGAAUUUUCCUCUGAGCGAGGCCCCCGCAUGUGCCGGUACGUGAGAGAGAGGGACCGGCUUGGCAAUGAGUACCCCAAACUUCACUAUCCCGAACUGUAUGUCCUGAAGGGUGGAUACAAGGAGUUCUUCCUAAAAUGCCAGUCUCACUGUGAGCCCCCCAGCUACCGGCCCAUGCACCACGAGGACUUCAAGGAAGACCUAAAGAAGUUCCGCACCAAGAGCCGGACCUGGGCCGGGGAGAAGAGCAAAAGGGAGAUGUACAGCCGCCUGAAGAAGCUCUGAGGGUGGAAUGCAGCGGCCGAGCCUCCCUCCAACCUCCCCCGCCUCUGUGCUGUGGAGAAACUCAAGGAGCAGGGCCAGUGGUUGGCAUGGGAAGAGACCUGCUUUCACACCUCAAACCCACCUCCUGCGCGCCCAAGGCCACAGCCCAGAGCAUCUGUUGACAACAUCUCAUUUCCCUUGGGAGAUGGCUUCCUUUCAUCAAGACAUCCUCACCCCUCACCCCACACAGCUGGACCCACAGCCUGGUGCUUGCUGGAUGCUGGCUUCUAGACAUGGAACCUGGGACCUUGGAGACAGGGAAGUAUAGAGAAGAAAGAAGAAGAGAAAAACUUCCGGCCAGAUACCAAAGGCAGCCUGGAAGGAAGGGCCUUUGUGGGAUAACCCAUGUCUUUAUUAAUUUAUUCAACUUUAUCAAUCACUUUAUUUUAUUUUGUAACUCCUGGAGACAGGUCAAGACACUGCCAUUCUAGGUAGGAUUUUAUGAUCCCAAGGACUACCUCUGCUUUUAGCUAGAAAAAAAAGAAGCGAAGUCAAACCUGUUGUGAAUUGUGGGACAGAGCAAGGAGCUCUGUCACCCCCAGGAGGUAUUGCAGAACUGGGGCUGCCGCCAUUCAAAGCCAAGACCUGAGAUGGUGGUGGUGGGCGCAGACACUGCUGCGGGACAUAGGCUGAGCCUCCCAGAUCUACCUCAAAGGCUGCUGAGAUCACGUGGUGGGCAGGGGAGCUACAUGCGAUGUGGGCUAGACUAGGAGUGGCCCCAGGCAAGCUUCCAGCAUCUGCACCCUCCUCCCCUGCCAGGUGUGUGGGUUUCGGCAGGGUCAGGGUGGGAGUGGGUGGACUCCACCAGCAGCGGGAGGAUUCUGACACUUUUUCAAUAGCUUUCACAUUAUUCUUAAUAGUCAUUUUAGGCGUCAAAAAAUAUCAAGUCAGUGUCAGGGGCGCCCCAAAAAAGUAGUGAAGGGCUGAAAGCCCUGGACAUGGGGAAGGAGUGGGAAACUGGUGGAUUUUGAAAGCCAAAACACUCCAGAUUUAUCAUGUUUCAAUUUGAGGAGUAGGAAGUGCUGGGUCACCAGUUGCCCACUCUCACCCUGUGGAAGUCGGGUCUCAAAGGAACACCUGUGAGGCUGGCCUGCUUGCUGUCUGCUCAUCGCAGCCCCAGCUGCCUCACCACCUCCGCCCCACUGAGGUAGACCCAUGCUUUUCUUACACACAAGGGACCAUCUCAGCAGUCUGUCCUGCAAGUAGGGAGGGAGCCAGACAUUGGCGAUAACUGGUUGCUGAGUUACGGGUUUGAGUUGCGUUUGUCCGUAAAUCAAUCUUGUAUGAACAAAGUAUGUGGGGAAUAAGGUAGAGGAGAAUUAAAGACACCCACACACACACUGGGACGGGAGGUCAGUAUGGCCCAUGAUCUUAGUUACAGGGAGUCUGACCGUUGAAUGGCUAAGAGGGAGGUGAAAUGACCUUCAUGUUGUACCAGCUCAGCGAGCAUUGCUAGCCACCUUUGCAGGCUUUGAAAAUAAACAACGUUGGACCCAC